UCUCCCCUCUCUCUCUCCAACCCCUAUGCCUCUCUCUUACUCUCUCUCUCUAGAAAAUGGGGAUUUUGGAGCCAUUCCGAGCAUAAGAUAUUCGUGAAGGUUCUGCUCAUUAGAGAUAGAGUUUGAAUUCGUUAGUAUUGAUUUUUUCGGUGUUUCAUCGCUGUACAAUCUAUUGGAGUAAGCCGAAACGUUUCUCGCACAUCGAAUUUGGUAACUAAUCUCUCUUCCUUCCCAUAAGCUUUUAAUCUCUAAUUAUCAGCUUCCAGUGUAAUUCAUUGGUAUCAUAUCAUGAAUUCGACUUCAAAAAAAUUAGCGAAUAUUUGUGAGGUAGAUAGAAUCAGUGAUUUACCUGACUCACUACUCAUCGCUAUACUUGCAUUGCUUCCAAUUAAACCUGCCGUGCGCACUUGUAUCUUGUCCAAAAGAUGGAGACCUCUCUGCGAGUCACUCCCGAAUCUUGAUUUUACUGAUGGUAGGAAUCCAGGCAUACAUUUCAUCGACUUUGUUGAUAAAUUUUUGAUGCGUAGGCCGAAUAAUUUGAAAAUUGCCAAAUUCUUGUUAGAGUGUUAUCGUGGAGAUUACUACCGGGACCGUGUUAAUGAGUGGAUUAUGAAUGCGCUUGGACGUGAUUUGAAAGAGAUGCACUUAUUUUUUGGUUCCCAGACUUGUAUGAAUUGGUCCAAGAUAUAUUUUGACAUGUGUACUAGUGUUGAAGUUCUUCUACUCAGUGGGAAAAUAUCAGUUGAGAUUCGGGAGAAUGUUACGCUUUCAAGGCUUCGGGUGCUUGGCUUCGACCAUGUUACAAUUUCGAGCUAUGAGUCAAUUGGGAAGCUUUUGUUAAACUGUCCCGUGCUUGAAGAUUUGAUAAUUGUCGACUGUGAAUGGCUUACGGGCAACUCUUUAAGUAUUUGUGGACCUGUAUUGAAGAGGUUGUCAUGUUGUCUUAUUUCAUAUGAUGAAGUGCUUCGGACUUUGAUUGAUACACCGAGAUUAGAGAAUCUCAAAAUUGGUUGUUACACAGGCGGUGAUAAUGAUAUUUUGUUCAAGUUGAACUUGCCAUUCCUCAAGAUAGCUGAAAUCGACAUCUGGGAUGAGAUGGGAAAAGGAGUUGAUUGCGUGUUUGGGCUGCUUAAACAGAUUAAUCAUGUCAAAAUUUUGACUUUGCCAGAUAGCACUGUGGAGAUCCUCAGCCUAGCAUAUGAUGAUAAUGGUCAUUAUGAGUUUCCUCCAUUUCAUAACUUGACUGAGCUGGUAAUUAAUGUUAAUGAGUGUUUUCAUGAAACUUUACUGGAUGACUUCCUUCAAAACUCACCGAACCUUGAAAGUCUUAAAUUUCCGCAGGGUCUUGUUUCUAGUUGUUUUCAUGAAUCUUUUCGCAGCUCAUGGGGUUGGUCACAAUCACGUGUUCCAAAAUGCUUAUCCACACAUCUUAAAACAGUAUAUAUUAGAACAUUCCAUGGAAUAUAUGAUGAAUUGGCAUUUGUUAAAUGCCUGCUGGCUUAUGGGAGUGCUUUGCGAUAUGUAGCAAUUGAAAUUUCAAAUUUGUCAAUAGAUGCAGAGGCCUGGCAAGAACUGUUAAACUUACAGAGCGAAUUAACAACUUGCAAGCUUAAGAUUAUAGAUAAAAAUGAGACAUGCUCUUUAUUAUUAGUUUAUCACAAAGUCUAUGAGGUAAACUUUCUGUAAUAAGCUCUGUUUUUCUAUUAGUUUUUGCUACAAUGUUUUUUCUACCAGCAUUGUUAUUUUAGCCUUUCAUGUGGCAUGAAUAUUAACAAGAUGCAUUGUUUAAGAAUGAUAGUUUAUUGAU